UCCUACCCUCCUCCUGACGGGCUUUCAGCUUCCCCAAUCCGGUUGGCUGUCGGGGGCGGGGCCCCCAUCCAUCUGCCCCCCACCCCCCCUACAAUCCCACCCUCUCUCCCCCCCACCCCAACCACCCCAGCUCCCUGGCUCCUCUCCUCCGUAGGUCUCUCCCUCCCCCUCAUCCGGCUGUCCCUACAGAGAGGGGGGGCCUGUGGCAGCCUGGGCCCAUACGCGGAGCCCUCCCUCCCCUGUCCGGUCCCUCCUGUCCCCCUCCCCUGAGCCGGGGGAGGCCAGGGACGCUCGGGUCCCCAUGGCUGGGGGCUGAGGGACUCGUCUCCCCCCCUCCCCUUCCUCCCUCCCCAGAGCUUCGGGGACCCCCUCCCUCCCCAGCCACCAUCACCUCCUCCUCCUCCUCCUCCUCCCUUCCAUCUUAGACAAGAUGCCUUCCCCCAGCCCCCUGGUUCUCCUGGCUCUCUCGGCUUCCUGCCUGGCCACCCCGGCCCACCCCGACGGACUGUUCCCAGGCCAGGGUCCCUUGGCUCCCCCCUACGCUGUGGUCCUCAUCUCCUGCUCUGGACUCUUGGCCUUUGUCUUCCUCCUCCUCACCUGUCUCUGCUGCAAGCGGGGGGAUGUUGGCUUCAAGGAGUUCGAGAACCCGGAGGGAGAGGAGUGCUCGGGAGAGUACACGCCACCCGCCGAGGAGACGUCCUCCUCCCAGUCCCUGCCCGAUGUCUACAUCCUCCCCCUGGCCGAGGUGUCCCUCCCCAUGCCCGCCCCGCAGCCUGCCCGCUCAGACCUGGGCACCCCCCUGGGCCUGAGCCGCCAGCACCUCAGCUACCUGCAGGAGAUCGGCACUGGCUGGUUUGGGAAAGUCAUUCUAGGGGAGAUCUUCUCGGACUUCAGCCCGGCCCAGGUGGUGGUGAAGGAACUGAGGGUCAGCGCGGGCCCCCUGGAGCAGCGCAAAUUUCUCUCUGAGGCUCAGCCUUACAGGAGCCUGCACCAUCCCAACGUUCUCCAGUGCUUGGGGCUGUGUGCCGAGACCCUGCCCUUCCUUCUCAUCAUGGAGUUCUGCCAGCUGGGAGACCUGAAGCGCUACCUCCGGGCCCAGCGGCCCCCCGAGGGCCUCUCCCCAGAGCUGCCCCCCAGAGACCUGCGCACCCUGCAGAGGAUGGGGCUGGAGAUUGCCCGUGGGUUGGCCCACCUACACGCCCACAACUACGUGCACAGUGAUCUGGCUCUGAGGAACUGCCUUGUGACCUCUGACCUCACGGUGCGCAUCGGAGAUUAUGGCCUCUCUCACAGCAAUUACAAGGAGGAUUACUACCUGACCCCGGAGCGCCUGUGGAUCCCGCUGCGAUGGGCCGCCCCUGAGCUUCUAGGGGAGAUCCACGGCACCUUCAUGGUGGUGGACCAGAGCAAGGAGAGCAAUGUCUGGUCCCUGGGGGUGACGCUGUGGGAGCUCUUUGAGUUUGGGGCUCAGCCCUAUCGCCACCUCUCCGACGAAGAGGUGUUGGCUUUCGUGAUUCGGCAGCAGCAUGUCAAGCUGGCCCGGCCCAGGCUGAAGCUGCCCUAUGGGGACUAUUGGUAUGAUGUCCUCCAGUCUUGCUGGCGUCCCCCUGCCCAGCGCCCCUCGGCCUCUGACCUGCAGCUGCAGCUAACCUACCUGCUCUCUGAGCGGCCCCCCAGACCUCCGCCCCCCCCGCCACCCCCCCCACCCCGGGAUGCCCCCUUCCCCUGGCCCUGGCCGGCCCCUCCUGCCCCGCCAAGGCCCACGGCCCUCUCCUCGCCGUUCCCCCUCCUGGAUGGCUUUCCGGGGCCCGAUCCCGACGACGUCCUCACCGUCACUGAGAGCAGCCGCGGCCUCAACCUUGAGUGCCUGUGGGAGAAGGCGAGGCGGGGGGCCGGCCGUGGCGGGGGCAGCAGCUCAGCCCCCUGGCAGCCGGCCUCUGCACCCCCGGCCCCCCAGGCUGCGCCCUCCAACCCUUUCUAUGAGGCCCUGGCCACGCCCAGCGUCCUCCCAGUCAUCAGUGCCCGGAGCCCCUCGGUGGGCAGCGAAUACUAUAUCCGCCUGGAGGAUCACGGCUCCCCGCCGGAGCCCCUCUUCCCGAAUGACUGGGACCCCUUGGAUCCGGGCGUCCCGGCCCCCCAGAGCAAUCCGGCCCCUGCCGAGGUCCCCCAGCUCGUGGCCGAGACCUGGGCCUCCCCGCUUUUCCCUCCUCCGCGGUCAUUCCCCCCAAAGGCGUCGGGGAGCUUCCUGCUCAGUGGCUGGGACCCCGAGGGCCGGGGGGCGGGAGAGACCCUGGCCGGGGACCCUGCGGAGGUGCUGGGCGAGCGUGGUGCAGCCCCCUGGGGGGAGGAUGACGAGGAGGAGGAGGAAGGGGAAGAGAGCUCCCUGGGAGAGGGGAGCAGCAGUGGGGGGCGCCGAAGCCGCCGGGGUCCGCUCCCCUGCCCUCUCUGCAGCCACGAGGGGCCCUGCUCCUGCCUCCCGCUCCAACAGGGGGAGAUGGUAUCCGGCUGGGGGGGCCACCCGGCCCUGGGUUGCCCCAACCCCCCCGAGGACGACUCCUCGCUGCGGGCCGAGCGGGGGUCCUUGACCGACCUCCCCGUGCCCCCCCCCUCAUCGGCCCCCCCCGAGUUCCUGGACCCCCUAAUGGGGGCGGCGGCGCCCCAGUACCCCGGGCGGGGGCCACCCCCAGCCCCCCCCCCCCUGCCGCCGCCACCUCCCGCCCUGCCCCCUCCUCCCGCCCGGCCUCUCCCGGACCCGGCAGAGUCACCCGAUGCCCCCUCGGGACUCGGCAGCCCAGGCUCCGGGCUCUCGUCUCCGGGCCCCAAGCCCGGGGACAGCGGCUACGAGACGGAGACCCCCUUCUCCCCCGAGGGGGCCUUCCCAGGUGGGGGGGCGGCCGAGGAGGAGGGGGUCCCUCGGCCACGGGCUCCCCCCGAGCCACCCGACCCGGGAGCCCCCAGGCCGCCCCCAGACCCGGGCCCUCUCCCAGGCUUCCUGGUCCAGGUGAGCACAGAGCAGCUCCUGCUGACCCUGAGGGAAAACGUGACCCGCAACGUGCUGGGGGAGAGGGCAGCCCCGGCCAAGGCAGGGAGGGCCCUUCCGGGCCCCCAGAGUGCCCCCCGGGAGAAAGUCCCGGGCCACGCAGGAAGGGGAGCCCCGGGGCCCAGGGAGAGGGCAGCCGAGAACGGGGAGCCGACGUCCCCGGGGCCCAGGGAGAGGGCGCCCGAGAACGGGGGCCCGAGGCCACCGGGGAGCGAGGACACGGCGUGGCCGAACAGGGGCCCGAGGCCGCCGGGGAGCCGGGAGAAGCCCCUGGAGAAUGGGGGGCAGAGAGCCCCGGGAAGCAGAGAGAGAGUGCUGGAGAACGGGGUGCAGGGACCCCCAGGGAGCGGGGAGAGAGCCCUGCAGAACGGGCUGCAGAGAGCCCCGGGGAGCCAGGAGAAGGUGCCCGAGAAUGGGGAGUGCAGCCCCCCAGGGAACAGGGAGCAGCUGCUGGAGAAUGGGGGGCGGAGGGAGACCCCGCAGGAGAGAGCCCGAGGGAAUGGGGAGAGGUUUCUGGAGAAUGGGGAGCAGCGAGUCCCCGGGAGCCAGGAGAAGCCCCCCCGGAGGUGGAGCCCGGCCAGGAGCCCGGGGAGCAGCGAGCCGGCCCCCACGAGUGGAGGGAGCGCGAGGAGAGCCCCGCCCGCGCCUGGGAGGCCGGGCCCCGAGAAUGGGGGCCCAGUGCCGGAGGGCCCCGGGAAGGCCCCCGACGCAGAACCCGGAGGCGGCGGGGACGGCGCAACCGGGGCCCCCGGAGAGACGAGGCCGGAGCCGCCGAGGCCGGAGCCAGCGCUUCCCCCGCCCCGGGAGCCGCCGGCACCCGAGGGAGACGCCGGGGACCCCGGCGUCCAGGCAGACGGCGCCGUGGAAACCGGCGGAGACGGGGAGCCCUGCCGCCCGGGGAGGAGGGGCCCCGAGACCCCGCAGCUCUUCCUGGACCUGGGCCCGCCGCCGGCGCCGGGGAGCAGCGAGCAGAUCAAAGCCAAGCUGUCUCGCCUGUCGCUGGCCCUGCCCCCGCUUUCUCUUACCCCGUUCCCGGGGUCGGGCCCUCGACGGCCCCCCUGGGAGGCUGGGGACGCCGGGGUCCCUGGCGCGGAGUCCGGAGGCCCGGCGGCGGCCCUGGGACUGGUGGAGGACGGGGAGGACGAGGAGGAGGAGGAGGAGGAGGAGGAGGAAGAGGUCGGGGCGGCCGUCGGGGCGGGCGCGGAGGCGGCGGCCCGGGGCCCUGGGAGGGCCCGGGCAGCCCCGGUGCCCAUCGUGGUGAGCAGUGCCGACGGGGAGCCGAGCCGCCCGCUGCGGGGGCUCCUCAAAUCGCCCCGAGGGGCCGACGAGGCCGAGGAGAGCCUGGAGCUGGAUCGGAAGCGCAAGAUGGUCUCCUUCCAUGGGGACGUGACCGUCUACCUCUUCGACCAGGAGACCCCGACCAACGAGCUGAGCGUCCAGGCUCCCCCCGAGGGGGACCCGGCCCCUUCGACACCCCCGGCCCCGCCGACCCCUCCCCAUCCCCCCAGCCCUGGAGAUGGGUUCCCCGACAGCGGCUUCGGAGGCAGCUUCGAGUGGGGGGAGGAUUUCCCCCUGCUCCCCCCCCCAGGCCCCCCACUCUGCUUCUCCCGCUUCUCCGUCUCACCUGCACUGGAGACCCCAGGGCCCCCGGCCAGGCCCCCCGACGCCGUCUGCCCCGCAGGCCCCGUGGAGAACUGAUGCCCCGAGGCCCUCCCCCGCUGCUGCCGGCUCCCUCCGGAGACGGGGCAAGAGGAGGCGCCGGAGUCCUGGAGGUCCUGGAGGUCCUGGGAGAGGCUCCCGAGGCUGGGCCGCAGCCCCCCCCCAGCCCUCCCGAGCCCGUCCCCCCGCCCAGCGCGCCUCAGCCUCCUGGAGCCGAGUGAGAGGAGCCCCCUCAGGACUCGCCUGCGUCUGGGCGCGGCCCAGGGAUCCCGGACUGACCCGCCGGGGCACCUCAGGACUCGGGGACUCCGGCCCUACCUCCCCGGGGCUCGGCGGGGCCUAGGCCUCUGCUCCCCCCUUGCCCCCUUCCCCUAACGGCCCAAGGCCAGAGAUUCGUCCGUUUUCAUGUUAUUUAAAAAAAGACAGACAACUUUUUUGGA